AUGGCUGAAGGAGUCCAGUGGACUGGGCCCCUGGUCCGCAAGACCUUCUUGGACUUUUUUGCAGAGAGGGGCCACACCAUCGUGCCGUCGUCGUCGGUCGUCCCUCACAAUGACCCCACUUUGCUGUUCACGAAUGCGGGCAUGAACCAGUUCAAGCCCAUCUUUCUCGGCACCAUUGGCAAGACGGAGGACAUGGCCCAGCUCAAGCGUGCUGUCGAUACUCAGAAGUGCAUUCGCGCUGGUGGCAAACACAAUGAUCUCGACGAUGUUGGCAAAGACAGCUACCACCAUACCUUUUUUGAGAUGCUGGGCAACUGGUCGUUCGGCGACUACUUCAAAAAGGAGGCAAUUGAGUGGUCCUGGGAGCUCCUGACAAAAACCUAUGGCCUAGACCCGAACAGGUUAUACGUUACCUACUUCGAGGGCAACCCUGCAAUGGGUCUCGAACCUGACCUCGAGGCUAAGAAGCUAUGGCUCGAUGUCGGCGUCCCAGCAGACCACAUCAUCCCCGGAAAUAUGAAGGACAACUUCUGGGAGAUGGGCGACCAGGGACCUUGCGGACCUUGCAGUGAGGUUCAUUAUGACAAGGUCGGAGGACGAAAUGCGUCGCACCUUGUAAAUCAGGAUGACCCUCUUGUGGUGGAAAUUUGGAACAACGUCUUCAUCCAGUUCGACAGGCAGGCGGACAAGUCUCUCAAGACGUUGCCCGCACAGCAUGUCGAUACGGGUAUGGGAUUCGAGCGACUGGUCUCCGCGCUCCAGCACAAAUCAUCCAAUUACGCCACCGACAUCUUCACACCCCUAUUCGAGAAGAUCCAAGAAGUCACCAACGCAAGGCCCUACACCGACAAGUAUGGCAAAGAUGACAUGGACGGCAUCGACACCGCCUACCGUGUUAUCGCUGAUCAUAUCCGAUUGCUCUCGUUCGCUAUUGCGGACGGUGCACCCCCAAACAACAUUGGGCGAGGCUACGUAGUCCGCCGCGUCCUCCGCAGAGGCGCGCGGUAUGCACGAAAGUACUUCCAAACAGAAAUUGGGUCCUUUUUCUCCAAAAUUCUACCUGCGCUAGUUGAGCAGAUGGGCGAACAAUUCCCCGAGCUCAUAAAGAAGCAAGGAGAUAUCAAGGAGAUUCUUGACGAGGAAGAAGUAGCAUUCGCCAUUACUCUAGAUCGGGGAGAGAAGCAAUUCGAGAAAUACGCCCAACUCGCCAUCAAGGACGGCCAGAAUAAGCUUUCCGGAGCUGAUGUGUGGAGGUUGUACGACACUUUCGGGUUCCCUGUUGAUCUGACCAAGCUCAUGGCUGAGGAACGUGCCCUCACUAUCGACGAGGGUGAAGUCGAGGUUGCCAAGGAGAAGGCUAGAGAGGCCAGCAAGGCUGUCAAAGACGCAGUGCAGACUUUCACCAAACUCAACGUGCAUCAAAUUGCGGAACUAGAGAGCAGUCUCAACAUUCCGCGCCCAGACUCGGAGCCCAAGUACCUGAAGGGCGAUACAACGGGCAAGGUCCAACUUAUCUUUACCGGCGAAGGGUUCCGCAAGACCAGCAAGGAGCUUCCACCCAAGACACCGCUUGGUUUGAUUCUUGACAGGACCAACUUUUAUGCCGAGUCAGGUGGCCAAAUUGCCGACACUGGCCGUAUUCUAAUCGACGGCGUUGCCGAGUUCAAGGUUCUUGACGUCCAAGAGUUUGGCGGCUACGUGGUACACAACGGCUACCUGGAAUAUGGUGAGCUCACUUCGGGUGACGAGGUCAUCUGUGAGUAUGACGAGCUGCGGCGCCAGCCUAUUCGCAAUAACCAUACUGGCACACACAUUCUCAACCACUCCUUGCGGGAGGUGCUCGGCGAUGAGAUCAACCAGAAGGGAUCCUUAGUUGACCAGGACAAAUUGCGCUUUGACUUCAGCCACAAGACCGGGAUUGCGCUCCCUGAUAUCAGAAAAAUUGAGGAUAUGUCCAACAAGUAUAUUCAGCAAAACUUCAAGACAUACACCAAGGAUGUCGAUCUCGACCUGGCGCGCCAGAUUGAGGGCGUGCGAGCUGUCUUUGGGGAGACAUACCCUAAUCCCGUGCGGGUUGUGUCGAUUGGAAUUGAAGUGGACGAGCUUCUCAGGAACCCGAAGAAUCCGGAUUGGCGGAAAGUCAGCGUCGAGUUUUGCGGUGGUACCCACGUCGACCAAACAGGACUGAUCAAGGACCUGAUCAUUGUCGAGGAGGGCGGAAUCGCCAAGGGCAUUCGGCGCAUAGUCGCGUACACUGGUGAUGGCGCUCACCAGGCCCAGCGUGAAGCUAAGGUAUUCGAUGAGAAGUUGGGUCAUAUCGCUGCGCUCGACUUCGGCCCUCAAAAGGCUGCAGACAUCAAGGCCGCCGCGGUUGAACUCGACCGGCUGUCCAUCUCGGUCCUUACCAAGGAGGAGCUUCGCACCAAGUUCACGCAGAUCCAGAAGGAAGUCGUAGAGGAGCAGAAGAAACGACAGAAGGCCGAGAGCAAGACAGCGCUCGACACAGUCCAGGGGCACUUCAAAGAAGACAAGAAGGAUGCCAAGUACUAUGUCGGCCACCUGCCGAUCUCGGCCAACGCCAAGGCGAUUUCCGACGUCAUGAACUACUACAAGACCAAGGACAAGGAGCGGACAGUCUACGUUUUUGCAGGCAGCAAAGACGACUCCGUCAUGCACGGCGUAUAUGUUGGCACGCACCUCUCAUCUAAGGGCGUCACUGCUGAGCAGUGGACGGCUGCUGUGAGUGAAGUCAUUGGCGGCAAGACGGGCGGCAAAGAGCCCAGUCGCCAGGGCGCGGGUGCCGAGCCCGCCAAACUCGAGGAAGCCGUCGUAAAGGCUGAGCAGUGGCUGCUUGAGAAGCUCAAGGACCUCAGUAUCUGA